AUGGCACAGGAGGCAGCCCCCAUCCUGCUGUUUGUCUUCGCCAGGCUGGUGUCAUCCACGUGGCACGAAGGGUCUGGCUACUACACGGCCGAGAGUCACACCAAUGAAGUGUACGUGGAAGAAGCCCCUCCUGAGCCUGCCCUGGACUACCGCCGAGUGCCCCAGUGGUGUGCCACGCUCAACAUCCACCGUGGAGAGGCCACCUGCUACUCACCCCGAGGAGCCUCCUACCACAGCAGCCUGGGGACACCCAUGGCGUAUUGCCGACAAAUCCGGUGCCACGUGCUGCCAGCAGUGCUGCGGGGCUCCUACAUCUGCUCAGCUGGCACGCAGAUGGACUCCCGCUGUGACUACACCUGCCUGCCUGGCUACCAGCUGGAGGGUGAGCGGAGCCGCAUUUGCAUGGAGGACGGACGCUGGAGUGGGAGUGAGCCAAUCUGUGUAGAUCUAGAGCCUCCCAAGAUCCGUUGCCCAGACUCCCGGGAGCGGAUAGCCGAGCCAGGCAAACUGACAGCCACUGUCUCCUGGGCCCCGCCUCGCGUGAAGGACUCCGCUGAUGGCAUCAUCAAGAGGGUGAUGCUGCGGGGCCCGGAGCCCGGCUCUGAAUUCCCUGAAGGAGAGCACGUGAUCCGCUACACCGCCCAUGACCAGGCCUACAACCGAGCCAGCUGCAAGUUCAGCAUCCGUGUCCAAGGUGAAUCCACUCAGCCCUGGACAGGCUCCCAGCCCCUCUGUGCACCCAUGCAGAUCAACACAGCCGUCAACUCUGCCACCAGCCUGCUAGAUCAGUUCCAUGAGAAACGCCGCCUCCUCAUCAUCUCGGCUCCUGACCCCUCUAACCGCUACUACAAGAUGCAGAUCUCCAUGCUUCAGCAAGCAGCCUGCGGGCUGGACCUGCGUCAUGUGACCACCAUCGAGCUGGUAGGGCAGCCCCCACACGAGGUGGGACGCAUCCAGGAGCACCAGCUGUCCCUCAGCAUCAUUGAGGAGCUCAGGCAAUUCCUGCACCUCACUCGCUCCCACUUCAAUGUGGUGCUGCUGGACAAGGCAGGCAUUGACCGUGAGCGCUACAUCUCCCCCAUCAACCCUGAUGAGCUCUUUGUCUUCAUUGACACCUACCUGCUGAGUGAGCAGGAGACGGCAUGGCGGGCGCAGAGUGGGGACCCCUGCGAGUGA